AUGAGUAAUUUUAAAAGAAAUGAUAAUUCUAAAAAGGAAGAUCCUUACAAAGCCUAUUUUGGACAUCCAGAAUUGGAUGCUUUAUUAGGCAAUAGUCUUUUAAAAGGGCAAAUCAUUUUCAUUGAGUAAGACACACCAACAACUAUCUAUAAAUAAUUCUUGAGAUAUUGUAUUGGUAAUUCAUUUCAUAAAAAUCAUGUUUCUAUUAUUUUUGAUCAAUUUUCUGAACAAUGGUCUAAAAUUAUUCCUAAAAAAUAAGUUGAAAGUUCAUAAUAAUAAGAAGAAAAAGAAUUAUAACAUAAGAUCGCUUGGCGAUACAAUCAAAUGUAAUAGCAAUUCACUAUUAAGAAUAUUGAUUCCUCUAUAUUUUAUUUGGAUUUAUCAAAAUCAGAAACUGAACAAGCUGUUGAAAAUCAUUUAAAACUAAAUAAUUAUGAUGAAAUAAAUAACUUAUAAUAAUUCUUGCAAAUUAUUACUAAAUAAUACUAAAAAUCAUUAAAAUCAAGCACAGAUUCUACUAUGAAAAAAUUAAUUAUUCAUGAUUUUUGGGAUAAGAUUCCUUAUAAUCAAUAAGAACUCAAUCAAUUUUUAUAUUCUUUGAAAGUACUCAUUCGAUCAUCAUAUUUAUUAUGUAUAAUUACACUUCCUGAAAGAAGAACAGAUUUAAUGCAAUUUUGUGACUUUUACAUUACAAUCACCUAACUUUUUGGAAACAAAGAAUUUUCUGAUUUUCAAGGAAUGAUUAAAUUUGAUAAAAUAGGAUGGAGUGGCUCACUUAAGUAAGUAUAAUUAGAUAAUGAUAAAUGGGGAAUCAAAAUUACAUAAAAAUAAUUGAAAAUAGAAUAAUUAUAUGAGACAGCAAUAGAGGAUGAUUCAGAAGAAGAACAAAAAAAUAAGAGUAAAAUUGAACAAUUUUGA